GCUCUGCACAAAUCAGCAGCUUCACUUUCGGCACACACACAGAGUCAUCCUCCAUCCUCCAGCAGGCGUGUGCAGCUAAAGCCAGCAUGUCAAACUCGGACAGGGUUGUGUUAGCUCUGGGAGGAGCGGGCACAGUGGGCUCCGGGGUCGUUAAAGCACUGCUGGACAAAGGUUUCAAAGUUGCAGUGAUCUCCAGGGACAGCAGCCGCCUGGAGAGGCUCCAAUCAUUUGUCUCUCCCAACACAAAGGAUAAUCUCAUCACUAUAGUGGGGAAUGUAGGGUCAGAGGAGGGAGCGGAGCAGGCGAAGCAGGCCCUGCUGAAGGCGGUGGGGAAGGUAACUGAUGUUGUCUCCUCUCUGGGCUUCAGUUGGUGGCAGGGAGGUCCGCCACACACCCAGUCUCUCAAAGACCUACACUGGGUAAUCGAGACGUUACUUUUCAGCACAUUUGUGUCAUGGAAGGCCUUCUUCCCCUUGGUGAGGGAUGACUCCAGCUGUACCUACACCUUCAUAACAGGAGGAGCAGGAGAGAAGUUGCUGAUGCCUGGCACCGGCUUCCUGACAGUAGGAGCUGCCAGCACUCUCGCCUUCUGUCAGGUACUACGAGAGGAGUAUCCUGAGGUGCCCUGCAAACUCAACCAGGUGAAGAUCGACACAGGUGUAGCCACUCCGGAGCGCAUGGCACCUGGUUACCUGAACCACCUGGAUCUUGGGGAAGCUGUUGCCACCCUUGUGGAAAGACGAAAUACCUCCCACACGGUCUUCACCGUCAACUGCCCUGCGGACUUAAAAACUGUCCUUCUGGAGGGGAACCUUUAGACUUGGACACCCUUCCUCUGGUCCCACAUUGUUGUUGUAGGGACACAUCUAUCUUCUGCUCCUACUCUCACUGAACUCUCCAAAUACACAUUUAAAGUGUCUUUGGUUCUUUUGUUUUCUUCUCCCACACCUCUGAACCCCAUCCACGCCCAACUUUAUGUGAAUUGUCAGUUGUUUCCACUAAUACUGUACUGUAGGCCUAUAUUCAGCUGCCUGAUCUAAGAGUGUUAGCAAAUGUUUUCUCUGCAUGUGCUGUUGUGUGAUAUGUCUGUAAAGAUGCACAGAGGUUGUAAUACUCAUCUUCUCUUUGUUGCCUGCUUCUGCACAAAUAUUAUCACACAGUUGUGUCUUCUAUUGACACAAUUUCUCCAUAAAUUUGCUAAAUAUACUUGGUAUAAAACUAGACCAUUGGACAAAGCAGGUGAAGUUUGGAGGCACAAGGAGGAGAGAUUUCGAGGCUCCUACUGCAUUUUAACCAGCAGUCCAAAAGUAAUGGGUGGUUUGGUUUCGAUCGUAUGAAUCCACAAACCUAAAAUUAUAUGCUGUGGAGCUAUAUGGAGUAAUGUUUUGUUAAGCAAAUGCCUGUUUUGUUCUGUAUUAGUUCACACAAGAGGAUGCACGUGUAUACACACGAGAAAGCUUUAAGUGGGGUUUUAAGACUGACAAAAAUAAACUUUACAGAUGUUAAAUGAA